AUGGGAGCAUCAAUGAAUCCGUUCACGAAUGGUUCUCUGCAAGCUUGGUGCUUGGAACCCCGGCAGAAUGCUAACAUAAACCGACAACAUCGACUGCCGUCAGACUCUGAGUGCUGGGAAAAGCAGGAAGUCAUAGGAAGUGGCUCUUUUGGUGAGGUGUGGCGGGAGCGCUGUGUAUCAGGGCUAUCGGAAGGCGCGCUACGUGCAGUGAAGAGGAUUAGGGUGCAGCAAUCGAAUUUCUCCGAGAUGUCGAGACGAGAGCUCGACGCUCUCACUGCAUUUUCUGACCCCAAUUUUCCUGAGUACAAGCAAUACUUUGUCCAAUUCCUGGGAUGGUUCAACGACGCCGACUACUUGUGUCUCGCAAUGGAAUUAAUGGAGUACGGUGAUCUUCAGAUUUAUAUCAAAAGACUUGCCAUGCCUUUUCCGGAAUCCGAGGGUGCAUCAAUCACGUCCCAAGGUGCCCGGGCUCUCCAGCACAUGCAUAGUAAAAAGUUUGUUCAUCGAGAUAUCAAGCCUUUAAAUAUACUCGUCGCCUGUCCGGGCCCCAGGUGGCAUGUUAAGGUCGCUGACUUCGGAAUCGCCAAAAAUACAGAAGGCACUGCUCUUGGAACACAGCGCAUUGGUACUAUAAGCUAUAUGGCUCCAGGGCUGUUUAGCACCCAGCCAUAUACAGCGGCAGUUGAUAUCUGGGCUCUUGGAGCCUUGACUUAUUGCAUGUGUACAGGCUUCCCACCACCUUUCUCCAGCGUACAGAACUUGCUAGAAUAUGCUCGCGACCCUAGAGUCAAGUUUCCGUCCGGCAGUAUGCAUGCAUUGAAUGAGUCAUGUUUGAGAUUUGUGUUGAGUACUAUGGCAAAGGUCCCCGAACAGCGCUUGACUAUUGCACAAGUUCUUAAUCAUACAUGGCUUUCAAGGCAGUCAAACGCUACACCUCAAGGCAGUGAGUCAUCCGGCAGAUCUGCGGCUAGCUCCCCAGAUCCAAGCGUGGCUCCGUCUAACAACUGGUCGACAAUCUUGGACAACCCCGCCGACCAGUGGGUGCGCAUGACAGACCCAGGUCCCGCGUCAUUCCAACUUCCAAGUACCUCCAUUCCACUACAAGCACAGAUGUCAAGUUUGCCUCUGGCAAGCCAGAUACAUGGGCAUAAAGGGCAUGAUAGUACGGAUAAUGAGAGGGGGCAGGAUGAAACUUCCGAAGGUGUUAGGGCGGGCAGCGCAAUAUUUCGACAAAAGCAAUAUGACCUGGCAGAGCCCUUUGCAAAAAAAGUGGUUAGGAUGCGACGAAAAGUUCUUCACGAUCAGCAUCCGGAUACGAUUACCGCUAUGGUAGCUCUCGCCGCGAUUUAUCGGGGGCAGGGCAAGGAAGACGAGGCUCAAAUGAUUGACGUAGAAGUACUCAAUCUACGGCGAGAAGUCAUUGGUUUCAGAGGCACAUCUUAUCUCGCUUCGGCUUCAGCAGACAAGAAAGUCAAGAUCUGGAAUACAGUGACCGGCCGAUGCGUGACGACCCUCGAAGGCCAUACCGACCAAGUCAACUCCGUGGCCUGGUCGCCUGAUGCGACCAGAAUCGCAUCGGCCUCAAGUGACUCCACGGUCAAAAUAUGGGAUCUAGCAACCUGCCUGUCUACAUCAUCUGCACCUCCUGGUUACUUUCUCACCCGGAAGAACGACGGCCACAGUGGUAUAGUCGGUUCAGUCUCCUGGUCAUCCGACGUGACCCAGCUAGCUUCAGCAGGGGAUAACACAAUCAAAUGUUGGGAUCCAGCAACCAGCCAGUGUAUUUUGACAAAUAAAUCCCGGCCUUUUUCCUUGUCAGACUCACUAGUCUGGUCACCCGAUGCGAGAAGACUGGCUUUCGCGACGUGGGAAUGCAAUAUCAGGAUUUGCGACCGAUUUACUAGCGAGUUUGUAUCAACGCCCAAAGGUCAUCAUAUAUUUCGCACCAAGGGGGGUCAUAAUGGCUACAUUUUGUCAAUAUCCUGGUCACCAGAUGCAACUCGAAUCGCAUCUGCAUCGGUGGAUAAAAAAAUCAAAAUCUGGGAUACAGGUACGGGCCAAAACAUAUGCACACUUGAGGGCCACACCAGUGGAGUUGCAUCAGUAGCCUGGGCGCCGAAUACCACCCAUCUGGCAUCGGGCUCAUAUGAUAAGACGAUCAAGAUCUGGAAUAUGUUGACUAGCCAGUGUAUAUCAACGUUUAAAGGUCAUGAUAGUCGAGUCUGUUCAGUGAGCUGGUCUCCCAAUACAACUCAACUUGCUUCGGCAUCCAAGGACAAAACAGUGAAGAUUUGGAAUCCAGCGACAGGUCAGUGUAUAUCGACACUUAAGGGCCACAGCGAUAGUGUUUUGUCAGUGGCAUGGUCUCCCAAUGUGGCCAACUCAUCUGGAGUUGCAUAUUUCAGUAAAUAA